UUCGCCCAAGAGCUCCUCUCAACCUUCAGCACCGACCUGGGCGAGGUAGCCCUCAUCCCGGCCACGGGGGGCAUCUUCACAGUAACGAUAUACCAUUCCUCGUCAGCGGAGACGGGGACACAGGAGACGGUCUUGUGGGAUCGGAAGACGAAUGGGGGGUUUCCUGAGGUGAAGAUGCUCAAGUCGUUGGUGAGGAAUGUGAUUGAUCCGUCCAGGGACUUGGGACAUACGGAUCGGGCGCUGAGGGCUGCUGGUGUGUCUGUGAAGGAGGGAGGUGAGAAGGGAGAGGGGGGCCAGGAGUGUGAGGAUUGUCGGUGA